AAUUAAUGGGUAAUACGAACAUGUUCAACUAUCAAUAUUGGGCUUAUCCCAACCAGUUUUAUUGGGAAAUUCAUAAUGGUCAUAUGGUCUACCGACAAGUGACACCAAGAUACCUUGGUUAUCCUGGAUAUGUAUAUGAUCAAUUUGGAUAUGUACAUGAUCAAUUCGGAAAUGUUUAUUUUUCUGGAAAUAUGCUUUAUCGUGGUGGCAAUCGUGGAAAUAGCCAUCGUCGUGGUGUUUGGAGUUCCUAUGACCGCAAUGGAUUUCGAGGCUUUGGCAGAAACAGACGACGAGGUGGCUUUCAGAGAAAUAACCCUAGACGGGCCGCACCUGUACCAUCGAUAGGAUCAACUGAUACUGACCCAGUCAGGAUCUCCAAUCAACAGGGAGGAAACUCCUCCAAUGGCCGCAGGGAGGAGACAUACAGCAGUUACAGUGUGUUCUACCAGUGUCCUGGUGUUGGUCCGGAAGAGCCAAAUCCUAACCGCAUAGAGGAGUUGAGCCCGUCAUCGGGCUCAUCCGGUUCGGAUGAGGAGGAAUUCGAAGACGCCCAAGAUUAA